GUAAAGAGAGCGGGUUAUGGUCCAUCAAACGGAAUAUUUUUCAGUCAAAGCUUUCAGAAUAACCAGAAUGCAGGCAAUGGGGACUAUGCUAAUGGCAUUAAAGUUAACGGUGAUGAAAAUGGUAACGAUUUUACUGUAGUGCCUAGUAAUGGGAACGAAAACGGUUACAGAAACGGUGCUAAUGGAGGUUACAGAAACGGUGAAAAUGGAGGUUACAGAAACGGUGCUAACGGAGGUUACAGAAACGGUGCUAACGGAGUUCAUUUUCAAAAUGGCAAUGGACAGCCAAAUCAACGUGAAGAAGAACAGAAUGGGUUAAAAGCCUUUGGCCAACCCGGGAUAGACUUUCCUGUCUUUGGUGAAGUGCCAGAAACCAGUUUUAGCUGCGCUAACCAGGAAUUUCCCGGUUAUUACGCUGAUCCAGAAGCUCUAUGUCAGGUAAAUAACCUAGCGAGUAAAAUGAAAAUAUCAGAAGAUAUAGAUUCUUAUGGUAAUGGGGCAACAAAUGGAAGAAACGGAAAUGGAGCAACAAAAGAUGGAAGCGGUAAUGGGGCUUAUGAUAAUGGUGCAGUAAAUGGAAGAAAUCGAAAUGGAGCUUAUGGUAAUGGGGCAACAAAUGGAAGAAACGGAAAUGGAGCAACAAAAGAUGGAAGCGGUAAUGGGGCUUAUGAUAAUGGUGCAGUAAAUGGAAGAAAUGGAAAUGGAGCUUAUAGUAAUGGGGCAACAAAUGGAAGAAACGGAGGUGGAGCUUAUGGUAAUGGUGCAACAAAUGGAAGAAAUGGAAAUGGAGCUUAUGGUAAUGGUGCAACAAAUGGAAAAAAUGGAAAUGGAGCUUAUGGUAAUGGUGCAACAAAUGGAAAUGGAGCUUAUGGUAAUGGCAUAACAAAUGGAAGACAAGGAAAUGGGGCUUACGUCAAUGGUGCAAGAAAUGGAGCUUCUGGUUAUGAUGCAGUAAAAGGACGAAAUGUUUCACACUUUAAGAACAAUGGUUACAAAAAUGAAAGCAAUGGCAGUGCAAGAAACGAUAACGGAGGUAAUGACUAUGGAGGCCAUAGUUAUGGUCGGUAA